GUUCAGUUGGCCAGUUGCUAUCGAAUCAGAGCUGAUUUGACCCGUUGUUUUUACAUCUACUUUUUGAAUAUAUCCGCUGCAAGGAGAUAUCUUACUGAAAUUCCUAUAUUUACCAAGAGAUAUUACGUCAGUCGGUGGAACGAUGGCUGUGACAAAUUUACACUACAUAACUCGGAUGAGCAGUGGCUUUAAGGUCUACAUUCUGGAAGGGCAGCCUAACUUGAGAACUGAGGAUAGAUACAGGCAUAUGGCCAAUGAUAAGGCUCGAAUCUCACCAGUUUAUCCAAUCAAGCGCAAGCACAGCCCUGAACGAGGCCUCACAGCAGGAGAGAGGUCUGCCAAAGUCCGACGGCUUCCUCAUGUGCUGACAUCGCGACAGAGAGUGUUCCGGAACAUUUCCCGCAGUGUCCAGAGGACGUCCAGCCUGAGUCCCCCUCAUUGCCCAGCCCCCUCCCCACAAAACUCUGCUGUCACCACAACUUCCUGGAGCCCCCACCGCAGCCCCUCUCGGAGCUUCUCUAGCUCCAGCCCUAGUCCCAUCAGCCCCCUGUCCAGCCCUGUGUUUGCUGGCCCACCAUUGGAUGAGCCACUGGCACUCAUCAAGAAACCAAGAUGGGGAACAGAUGGACUAGGGGAGAAAGCCAGCAACACUACCUGCAGCCGAACACAGGUUCGUCCUUCUGUGAUCACCUGUGUUUCCUCUGUCACAUGUUCCACCCAACUGUCACCAGACCAGCACUGCAAGCACUCUGCAUCAGCGAUGUCACAGCCGGCCUAUGACCAUGUGGUUGAGGAACACUUCCGCAGAAGCCUUGGUGUGAAUUACCCUGAGGCCAGCAAAGCAAAGUCCUGCCAGCUGUCCGUCGCUGUGUCUGUGGAUGACCACUUCGCCAAGGCCCUGGGAGAGAAGUGGUUUCAGCUGAAGGCUUCACCAUCGUUUUGCUCCUCCUCUUCCUCAUCUCCCACAAGCAACCGCAGCUUCUGCCUCUCUCCCAGCCGGGCUCAGAGCCCAGAGGAUUCUGGGAGUCCUUCCACCCCACAUCCCGCUUCCCCAUGGCCAGAUAGCGCACAGGAUGUCACCAAGAAAUGACUGGCAAUCCCAGAAUGCAAUUCAAAGGUGAAACGUGAACUCAAGCGGGACAGAGCAGGAGAGAUUCGCUGCCAUGUCACGUGUGCAAAGAGGCACUAGACUCAGUCCAAGGCGGUGUGCGUCGUCGUCCUUCAAAGAUGUGUACGGGAGGGAUUUUAGAAAAUAUGAAUACAAAGGAGUCAUUUCAACUGGAGCAGUGUGCCAAUUAGAAGUGUUGACUGCUGUCUGCUUUCUAGGUGCCAAAAAAUGUAACAGCUGAAGAGGUGCAGUUUAUUUAUAUAAUCGGACAAUAAACACAGGAUGUUAAUACAUUUCAAUACAUGAGGAAGUACCAAACUGCGAUACACUGGGUCUCUUACUCAUGUUAAAAGACUUGUUUGACCUUAAAUUAAUAUACUGUAAAAUGUGUGGGAAUCGGAGCUAAGAGAAACUGAGAGAGUCACACAGUACUGAGUAAUAUCUAGUAUAUAAGCUAAAGGUCACUAUCCCAUUAACUGUGAUAAAACCGACACACAAAGAUGUUUUUUUCCAUAGAAAAUCAAGCUGUUUGACAUAAUAUUUUGCUCCACCAAAAUCAGUAAACCGGUUUUGAAUAACUGGAUAUACUGGAUAUAUUCCGACAACAGCACUCCCGGCAUUCUCCGGGGGUGAAAUCUCACCAAUUAUGUAUGUUUCAACUACAAGAAAAUCCUAAACUGUUAAAAUGGCAGACAUAGCCAAUGCAAAUGACAUGUUCAGCUUUUUGUAUAUAAAUGUCAACUCUUCAUGAACUAUGCAAAAGUUUU